UACUUCAUUUAUGUAUAACAGAAUACAUAAAUACAUACAUCUAUUCUUGCACGACAAGAAUACCCUGUUUACAAUUCAAAAUAGACGAGAGGAAAUUGAAUGUAUUGAAAGAAGAGAGAGAGAGAGAGAGAGAGAGAGUGGUUGCAAUAGAUGUGCCAUAUGAACUUCUUCUUUCAGUUUGUUUAUAAAUAUUAAUAAAAAGAGGACAAGAAAAAUAUAAACUGCAGAGAAUAUGCAAAGUUUAACUGAUAAACAAAUUAAGAAAUUAAUUGAAUUAGUGAGACCAAACACAAUUUUAUAUGAUAAACACCAUCCGAAUUAUAAAUCAAAAAUUACAAAAUUAAGAAUAUGGGCAGAUAUAAGUGCCAAGUUAGAUAUAUCGAUAGAUAUCGCACAAAAGGCCUGGCGGUCCUUACGUGACCAAUACGGCCGAUACCGCCUUGAUGUUAGUACUAAAACUAGCAUGGGAUCAGAAGCAAGAAAAGUAUAUAAAUACUACCAUGAUUUACAGUUUUUAACUGGAGAGAUGGACCCAAUUAGUAUACAAGACAAUAUUAAGCAAGAAGAGUACACAAUCCAAGAUGCGUUAUUUAUUUCACCUUCCUUGACACCACCAACAGAAUGUUCACCUGUAAUAACCGAAUUGUCAUCAGCAGCGCCGUCACCAUCAUCAGCACCAAACCUAACACCACCACCGAUAAAGAAAAAAUGUAUUACAAACUUUUAUGAUGACUCCAAACACGAUGAUAUGUACUCAAAAUUUUUUGAUAGUGCUGCGGCUACGAUACGAAUGUAUGACCUUACUCCUUCGGAAUUUUUCGAUUUCCAACUACAUGUGCUGGCAAGUAUGAAGGAGAAAUUGAAAGACAUGGGAAAAUUCUAAAUAUAAAUUAGAUUAUAACUGCUGGUAUUAAUAAUACAGUAGUAAUCGGAACAAUAACUUAAUACCAUUGAAUUGGUUAGUUAGAUAUAGUAAGAAUUUGCUAUGUGGCGAAACCAUAUAGCUCAGAGCUAUUGAAUUUAUCAUAAAGAGAAUAUUUAACAACAAAUAUGUAUUAAAUUUUUAUAUUA